AGGCCCCAGGCCCCGAGCCCAGCCCACAGGAGCGGGCCUUUGGCAGCGGGGACACCGUGGAGCUGAGCUGCCGCUCGCCGGCGGGGGUGCCCACGGAACCCACCAUCUGGGUGAAGGACGGCGUGGGCCUGGCGCCCUCGGACCGCGUCCUGGUGGGGCCACAGCGGCUACAGGUGCUCAACGCCUCCCACGAGGACGCCGGGGCCUACAGCUGCCGCCAGCGCCUCUCCCAGCGGCUGCUGUGCCUCUUCAGCGUGCGCGUGACAGACGCUCCGUCCUCGGGGGAUGACGAAGAUGGGGACGACGAGGCUGAGGACACAGCAGGGGCCCCUUACUGGACGCGGCCCGAGCGGAUGGACAAGAAGCUGCUAGCGGUGCCGGCCGCCAACACGGUUCGCUUCCGCUGCCCGGCUGCCGGCAACCCCACGCCAUCCAUCACCUGGCUGAAGAACGGCAAGGAGUUCCGGGGCGAGCACCGCAUCGGAGGAAUCAAGCUGCGGCACCAGCAGUGGAGCCUGGUCAUGGAGAGCGUGGUGCCCUCGGACCGCGGCAACUACACGUGCGUCGUGGAGAACAAGUUUGGCAGAAUCCAGCAGACCUACACCCUGGACGUGCUGGAGCGCUCUCCGCACCGGCCCAUCCUCCAGGCGGGGCUGCCCGCCAACCAGACCGCCGUGCUGGGCAGCGACGUGGAGUUCCACUGCAAGGUGUACAGCGAUGCCCAGCCCCACAUCCAGUGGCUGAAGCACGUGGAGGUGAACGGCAGCAAGGUGGGGCCCGACGGCACGCCCUACGUCACCGUGCUCAAGACGGCGGGCGCUAACACCACCGACAAGGAGCUAGAGGUUCUAUCCUUGCGCAAUGUCACCUUUGAGGACGCGGGGGAGUACACGUGUCUGGCGGGCAAUUCUAUCGGGUUUUCCCAUCACUCUGCGUGGCUGGUGGUGCUGCCAGCCGAGGAGGAGCUGGUGGAAGCCGGUGAGGCUGGCGGUGUGUUCGCGGGCAUCCUCAGCUAUGGGCUGGGCUUCCUCCUCUUCAUCCUGGCUGUGGCCGCCAUUACGCUCUACCGCCUGCGGAGCCCCCCCAAGAAGGGCCUGGGCUCGCCCGCGGUGCACAAGGUCUCCCGCUUCCCGCUCAAGCGACAGGUGUCCUUGGAGUCCAGCUCAUCCAUGAGCUCCAACACGCCACUGGUACGCAUCGCCCGGCUGUCCUCGGGCGAGGGCCCCACCCUGGCCAACGUCUCUGAGCUCGAGCUGCCCGCCGACCCCAAGUGGGAGCUGUCCCGGGCCCGGCUCACCCUGGGCAAGCCUCUUGGGGAGGGCUGCUUCGGCCAGGUGGUCAUGGCAGAGGCCAUUGGCAUCGACAAGGACCGAGCUGCCAAGCCUGUCACGGUGGCCGUGAAGAUGCUGAAAGAUGACGCCACGGAUAAGGACUUGUCGGACCUGGUGUCCGAGAUGGAGAUGAUGAAGAUGAUCGGAAAACAUAAGAACAUUAUCAACUUGCUAGGCGCCUGCACGCAGGGCGGGCCCCUGUAUGUGCUGG